UCAGUCUCUAUCGUGUUUUAGACACGCGCGCGAACAUGAGUGCUAAAUUCUUGAUAUAUCUUUGAGGUCUCGUCCAUCACCUCGUCAUGAAUGGGUCAAGAACUUAUUUUUUCCAAUGAAUUUUGUUUCUUGACGGAUUUGAGCAGAUCUUUAGGUUUUGGAGGAUGUUUUUGGUAAUUCUAUUAUCAGUUUUUGUAGUUAGUGGAUCUGCACAAUACUCCAGUGACCAAUGCAACUGGACUGGAAGUGGUCUAACACAUGAGUCUCAUGCCCGGGAUGUGGAGCAGGUUUAUCUGCGCUGUGCUGAAGGCUCUCUGGAGUGGCUCUACCCCACAGGGGCCAUCAUAGUCAACCUCAGGCCCAACCUGCAGACGUCUGCAGGGCCCGGCGAGCGACUGCACGCCUGCAUCAAACCUCGCAGUGAUUCUCGAGGGGCAGUGCUGUAUGUGGAGCGGGCUGGGGAGCUGAGACCACUGCUGUCAGAGGCAGAGCAGGCCGCUGGUCUCGUACGCUGCUUCAGUCUCCAGGAGGGGGCGCUGUUUGUGGAGGCGGCAGGCCAGCAGGACAUCAGCAAGAGAGUCAUAGCAUUUCAAUAUCAACUGAUCUCAACAAAGAUGACAGGAGAUGAGCUCUACUCACCUACAGCUUCAUGUAAACCCUGCAGUGAUGAGGAGGUGCUGAUGGCCCUGUGUACCAGUGACUUUGCGGUUCGUGGCAGUAUUCAGAGGACUGACGAGGAGGAUGAAGAUCAGACCACAGUGGUGGUGUCUUUGAGUCAUGUGUAUCGCCAGAAAAGUCGCGUGUUCGUAUCUGGCGGUGGGGGGUGCGGGCGUGGCCGGUGGACGGGUCGCAUGAAGAUUCCGCAGCAUUGUGGCCCGCGGGCGGGACAGGAUGAGUUUCUUUUCACAGGAGCUGUGAGAUUUGGAGAAGCUUGGCUGGGAUGUGCUCCUAAUUAUAAAGAUUUUCUCAACUUCUACCGCUCAGCCUUGGACUUAGGAACAAACCCCUGUCAUGUAGACACAGACUGAGAAAUUUUUUAAACUGAUGUGAAAAUCUCACAAUUCAAAACUUCUUAAUGUCGCUUAAAAUACUUAAUUUGCAUAAAGUCAAAUAUAAUUUCUUAUUUAUUUCUGAAGUAUGACUCGAACAUGUUGUUGGCAGGUUUCAAGAGAUUAGUCCCUGUAGGAAAGUUGGACUCGGACGGAGGUGAGAUUGAAUCACUCCAUCAUCAAUGACUCCAAAGCAACAAAAGUUUGUUUUGUUUUGUUGCCUUAUUUCUGAAACUGAUAUUAAGAAAGUGUGUUGUAACACUUGUAAAUCAGAGUUUAUGAAUCUGUUAACUCUUGCUUGCACACGUGUGCCGUGAGAGAAGGUUGCUAAUGCUUUUGUUUAAAGCUUUUUUUUGUUUAAAGGUCGAUUCUUGACCGAUUUCUUUUCCAUGUUUAUGGGCAUGUUUGUAUGCUCACAUGUGAGAUGUGUGUAAAUGAUGUGUAUUUCUGCAUAGUUUUAAUGAGUUUGCCGUUCAUGUUCCCUUUCAAAUUUUCCAGGAAUAAAACAGACCCUUGGAAGCAAAA